AAGUGCAUACUCAAUUCUGCACAUUAGAGCCCCAAAUGGCGGCACCCCAAAUCGAUUUCAACAGUGAAAAUCAAGAACCAAAAUCAAAGAUUGUGUAUUUAAACUACAGGCGAAUGCCAGCAGCAAUCUUUCGGAAGAAGUAUUGGGAUUGGAAUAGCAUGGUGUCGGUAUGUAAACUUACAAUGGUUGGAAACUUCUUUAUACCUAAACCAAAGAUGACUAAAAUUCGUGUUAGUUUCCAGGCGAAACUCUCUCUUAAAGGGGUAGUGAAAAUUAGGUCUUAUGAUUCUUACCAUGUAUUUCUUGAUUUCACUGCUGAAGAGGAUUAUCAAUCUGUUUUGUUGAAAGAGAGGGUUGUUGUUGCUGGUGCAAUCAUGGAGGUUUUUCGGUGGACGCCCGAGUUUCAUGAUCAAUUUAGAGAAGCAUUUGGUGUUGUGGAGCUAGAUAAUACCAAAAGAGAUGAACAUAUUGGUGGUGGAAAUGAGUACGGGACAGAGGAGUCUGAUUCAGUAGAUUGUGUCCCAGAAGUAACUAAUUCUGAUUCUGAGGACAGAGUUGCAAGUCCUAUCAAGUGUGAAACCUCUAAAUUACCUUCUUCCGUGGGAAUUAGUUGCAGUGGGUUUAGUGGCCUUUCAUCUGCUCCAUACAGAAUUACUGGAAGAAUUCCUUCUGUUACAUAUGAAAAUUCAACGAUGUGUUCCACAGACUUGGUUCCUAUAAGGGGGACUUAUUUGAACCACAAUAAUCUAAAGUCAUAUAGCAGAGAGUGGAAUUAUGGAAGUAAGCCAACUAGUGAAGCAGCUGAUUUGGCUUGUGAAACACUUAGUCAGCCAUUAUAUGCUCUUUCAAUUGUCGAGCGCCAUGAGAAUCAGAAAUCAAGACCUCCAAUCAAAGUGCAACAUUCGACCUAUAUGGGAUACCCAACAGUAAACUUUCCAAGGAGCUAUGGUGAAAGCUUAGUAUCUGAUUAUAAGCUCACUUUGCUUGGGAAUUUCUCCUAUAAGAGGCCAAAAAUGAAAGAAAUUCGGGCUGAUUUCAAAGCACAGAACCCUUUGAAUGGCCAAGUAAAGAUUAGGAAUUGUUCUUCUCGGCAAGUAUUGAUUUUAUUCACCAAUGAAGAGGAUUACUACACUGUUUUGUACAAGAAAGCGUUCAUUGUUGCUGGUGCCCUCAUGCAGAUUUCCUGGUCGUCUCCAGAUUUCCACCAUGAAGUAAAACAGAAUAUUUAUCCUGAUUUCAGAUUAAGUGAUGCAAAAUCUGUUAAUUGGAAUACAGACCCCUCUAAGCUGCAUCCUUCUAUAAAUGGCCUUUCAGCCCCUGCUACAGAUGAAAAGCCCAUGUCACUACAAGUGCCUGCCGUGUCUCAAUGCUUGAGUGUUCCUUCAAUACGUCCACCAUUACCAUUAUUGGCUCAUUCAGUAAGUGUAGCUGGUCGAUUGUGUGCUGAUCGUUUAACAACUUCAGGUAUUUAUGUUCCUCAGUCUUAUCCGAAAGGAAUUUUGGGCAGUCCUAUUUUUGGAAGAAAUGAACAAGCGGGCCGUGGAAGCACCUUUCCCAGCCCUAGCCAAGCCCUGGAUCAGAGCAGUCUUGCUCAGCAGCAUAAUCAACUCAAUUCAUAUAAGGAACCAAAAAUGACUGUCAGGAUAGCACAAUCACAACCACCAUCAACAACCUCAGUAAGUGACACUACCAGCUCAAUUCGAUACCGAGAAUGUCUCAAGAAUCAUGCUGCAAGCAUGGGAGGACAUGCUCUCGAUGGAUGUGGAGAAUUCAUGCCUAGUGGAGAAGAAGGGACCCCAGGAGCCCUGAAAUGUGCAGCUUGUAAUUGCCACCAAAAUUUUCACAGGAAAGAGAUUGACGAUUACCAACAGAUGGAUGAUGUUGGGUCACAUUCUAGGUUCAGUCAACCGAGAAAUAAUAGCAGUAGUGGCAGUAUACAAAACCAAUCCCCGAUUUCUCUUCCUACACAGCAGCUGCAGCAGUAUCAUCAUGAUUACAGUAAUAGCUGUUCACCUAGAUCAUUGGUUGACUCUUUGCAGCCUUAUACUCAACCACCCUCGCCUACAUCUGGUUCUGUAUUUUCACAACAGGCCUGGGAAAGAAUAGAACCUAGUUCUAUUCGACCAAGCUAUUCAUAUGAAAUGGUGAAUCACAAUACCAUGCAGAAUGGAAAGCAACGGGAAUAUUCCUGGAGUGACAGCAGUAGUAAUACAUCACGAUCACGAGAUCAUCCUUCCAUACGAAAUGAAAAUUGGAACUUUGACAUGUUCAAGCCUUUAAACAACAGAACCCCUGAUCACAUUCCAUUGGAGUUUCCAGCCUACCCGUCUAGGUGCCAGCCCCAGACUGUAUUUGCUGAUGAAUUUCCACAUCUGGACAUCAUUAACAACUUGCUACAUGAAGAGCAUGGAACUGGACGGACUUUGAUGUCCAACUCAGGCUUUCAGAGGUUGAACAAUGGAUCAUAACACCAUCAGAAUGCGCAUUUCACUUAUCUGAGUGAUAUUGGUAUGCUUACUGGUCUAGGUCCCUCAGUAAGUUCUUGUAGGCAUCGCUCUGGUCUUUAGAUUUGCCGUGAUUUUGCACUUCUUUGUUACCUUUGCCAUCAUCCUUGAUAUGGGUUGGCAUUUCAUUAGAGCUGAAGUAUGUUAAUAACUCCUUUUUGUGCAAAUGUUAUUUAGAUGGCAAUACUAUUUUGUCAUUUUGAUUGGGAAGUGGUAAUGGUAAUACUAGUUUUUAUGCAUUUUAUUUA